AUAUAUAGAGAUAGAACAAUCAUCACACCGUAGCCAUUGAAAAUGUUCAUAGAGAAGAAGAGAUAACAACAACAACAACACUCUCUCUGCGCUCUUCUCUAUUAUAAUAAUGGCAACAAAACUAGUACCCAGUUUAGUUCAUCCUUUGAAAUCAAGGUUUUUCGGUAAUACUCUUUUAACCAAACAAUCUUCUUUUCACCUUUAUGGGGUUCAACCAAAGCUUUCAUAUUCUUCUUCUUCUAAGAUAAGCAUGAGUCUCAAAGCUGGUAUUGUUGGUCUUCCUAAUGUUGGCAAAUCUACUCUCUUCAAUGCCGUUGUUGAAAACGGAAAGGCUCAAGCUGCCAAUUUUCCUUUUUGUACAAUAGAGCCAAAUGUAGGGAUUGUUGCCGUUCCAGAUUCUCGUCUCCAAGUGCUAUCCGAUCUCAGUAAAUCUCAACGAAUGGUUCCAGCAUCCAUAGAGUUUGUAGAUAUUGCUGGCCUUGUAAAGGGUGCAAGUCAAGGCGAGGGUCUCGGCAAUAAGUUUUUAUCACAUAUUCGUGAGGUGGACUCCAUACUUCAGGUUGUACGAUGUUUUGAUGAUAAUGACAUUAUUCAUGUGAACGGGAAAGUUGAUCCCAAGUCUGAUAUUGACGUUAUCAACUUGGAGCUUGUUUUCACAGACUUAGACCAGAUUGAGAAAAGACUGGACAAACUAAAAAAGGGCAAGACAAAGGAUUCACAAUCUAAAGUCAAGGAAGAGGCAGAAAAGACUGCAUUGGAAAAAAUUCGUGUAGCACUCUUGGAUGGAAAACCUGCACGAUCUGUGACCUUAACAGAUUUUGAGAGGGAAUCUGUAAAGCAACUUUGCUUGCUCACCAUGAAACCCAUUAUAUAUGUGGCAAAUGUUGCGGAGUCCGAUCUAGCUGAUGCAACAAACAAUGAUUACGUUACAGGUGUCAAGAAUGUUGCAUCUGAGUUGCAGUCUGGAAUUGUAACAAUUUCAGCGCAGGUUGAGGCAGAGCUUUCUGAACUAGCGCUUGAGGAAAGACAAGAAUAUUUGAAAUCUCUUGGUGUUAGUGAAAGUGGUCUUGGGAAUCUAAUUAGAGCAACAUAUGAUCUUUUGGGGCUGCGAACUUAUUUUACUUCCGGUGAGAAGGAGACAAAGGCAUGGACAAUACUUGCAGGAAUGACUGCACCUCAAGCUGCUGGAGUUAUUCAUUCUGACUUUGAGAAGGGUUUCAUUCGAGCAGAGACGGUGGCUUAUGACGACUUUGUUGCUGCUGGUUCACUUGGUGCAGCACGAGAAAAAGGACUCUUGCGGUCUGAAGGUAAAGACUACAUUGUACGAGAAGGAGAUGUAAUGUUGUUUCGAUUCAAUGUAUAAUCGAACUUACUACUCCCAGAUGGGAAUCAGUGAAAAUGUUGAGAUAUAAUUUACGACCAAGAUCAGGAAAAUUUUCAGCCAAUUGCUCGUUAUAGUUUGCAAAAGCAUUGUUUUUGUUUGUGAUAAAUGUGAGAGAAUGCUCCAACCUAGGAGUCCAUGGAUUGAGACAUAUAUACUACAGAUCAGAAAUUUUUCAGCCAAUUUCUAGUUAAACUUCGGAGAGGCAUUGUUUUGAUUUAGUCACAAUUUUUUUCUUUUCCAUAUUGUAAUACAUUAAAUUUGCUUGACAAUUUAUUGAUAUAUUAACAAUAAUGAAAAAUAUCUCUUCCUCA